AUGAGGCCGCCGGGCUGCAGCCCCGCCGGCCCGAAGCCCGCCCGCGCCCCGCACGUCCCGGCCCGCGCGGCCCGCCUGCUGCUCGCGCUGCUGCUGCUGCCUGCGUUCGCCGCCCCGGCCCGGCCCCGCGCUCCGCAUUGGAAUGAAACUGCAGAAAAAAAAUUGGAAGUCCUGGCCGUUGGAGACGUUACAUUGCAACAGAACAGCAGCAGUAACAACAGUUACAGGACUGCCGUGCAGAAGGAGAUCACACUGCCUGCAAGGCUUGUGUAUUACAUCAACCAAGACACAGAAAGCCCUUACCACAUUCUCGACACAAAGGCACGACACCAGCAAAAACAUAAUAAGGCUGUCCAUCUGGCCCAGGCAAGCUUCCAGAUUGAAGCUUUUGGAUCCAAAUUCAUUCUUGACCUUGUACUGAACAAGUAAGUAUUCAGUCAUGAUCCUCCUAAGAAGUGGGUACAAUAAAACUUUAUUUUAUAACA